AUGCCGACCCCACAAAAUCCCCUCCAUACCCACCUCAUCCGCCUCCUCGAUGCCCGCGCCUACCCAAAAACCAUCUGUCCCUCCGAAGUCGCACGUGCGCUGUCCGCCUCCGAGCUGCAGGCUCUGGAUGCGAGCGAGUGGAGAGACGUAAUGCCCGCCAUACGGGAAGCUGUGUGGGAGAUGAGAGAUCGUGGGGAGGUGGAGAUCAUGCAGCGUGGUGAGGUACUCGGUUCAGAAGUUGGGCUUGAGGAUGUGAGGGGGCCGAUACGGGUGAGGUUGGUUAGGGGGAACGAGAGUUGA